UUUAAUUCAGUUCCGUUUUCUUGUUUCUUUUCCCUUAUCAAAUUUUGGGUUUUGUCGGAAAAUUUACGUGGCAAUGACAAUAUACUAGAAAAAUAAUUUUUUCUUCUCUUUUUGGCGCAAGAUAUUUCUAUUGCCUUUUUGUUUUCAUGGAUUAAUUUUUUUUUUAUCAUUUCGUUUAUUCAAAGCCCGCAGCAUUGUUGGAAUUGCGUGGAAAUUCAGUUCAGAAGUUAAAUGCUGUAAAAGGAAGAGAAAGGUGAAGUUAAUUCCAUGGCAGGGAAGCAAUGAUCCCUCUUCUUACUCCAUAUAAGAUGGGAAAAUUCAAUCUCUCUCACAGGAUAGUUUUAGCACCAUUGACAAGAUGUAGAUCAUACAACAAUAUGCCCCAACCACAUGCUAUCUUAUACUACACUCAGCGUGCAACCAAUGGCGGCUUUCUCAUUGCUGAAGCCACUGGGGUUUCUCCUACUGCACAAGGUUACCCAGACAUACCUGGAAUUUGGACAAAAGAGCAAGUGAAAGCGUGGAAACCCAUUGUGGAAGCUGUUCAUGAGAAGGGAGCGAUCUUCUUUUGCCAAAUUUGCCAUGCAGGCCGUGCAUCUAAUUAUGCUUUUCAGCCUAAUGGUGAGGCUCCUAUCUCAUGCACUAAUAAGGGGUUGACGCCCGGCCUUGAUGGACAAGAUUGGUCACCUCCUCGCAGACUGAGGACUGAUGAAAUUCCUAACAUUGUCAAUGAUUUUAGGCUCGCUGCAUGUAAUGCUGUUGAGGCAGGAUUUGAUGGGGUUGAGUUCCAUGGUGCAUAUGGGUACUUAAUUGAGCAGUUCAUGAAAGAUCAAGUAAAUGAUAGAACCGAUCAAUAUGGUGGAAGUUUAGAAAAUAGGUGCCGCUUUGCUUUAGAGGUAGUUGAAGCCGUGGUUAAUGAAAUUGGAGCAGAUAAAGUUGGAAUGAGACUUUCACCUUACAGCAAAGGCAUGGAAGCUGGUGACUCAAACCCUGAAGCACUAGGCCUUUACAUGGCAAAUGCACUUAACAAAUUUGGUAUCGUUUAUCUUCACGUGAUUCAGAAAAGAGGGAAGGCAAUUAAAACAAAUGACAAGUAUGAAACUCCUUACAGCCUUCUUCCAAUGAGGAAAGCCUUCAAGGGGACUUUUAUCGUUGCGGGGGGAUAUGAUAGAGAAGAUGGUAACAGGGCUAUUGCUGAUAAUUAUGCAGAUUUGGUCGCAUUUGGACGCAUGUUCUUAGCAAAUCCAGAUUUGCCAAGGCGAUUCGAGCUAAAUGCACCUCUAAACACAUAUAACGAAAGCACCUUAUACCUUUCUCAUCCUGUCAUUGGUUACACUGAUUAUCCAUUUCUCGAAGUUUAAUUCCUGCGUAACUGUUUCAUUGACCAUUCCUAAUUAUGUUUCGCUAAUAACUGUGGAACUGGUCAGAGUGAAAAUGUGUUGUGAAGUUCAUUUGUGAAUAAUUAUGAUUCAUGUCUGAUCUUGUUUGACUUCUUUGAAUAAACAUAGAGAAAUUAACAAUGUGCAUAGAGUUUGGCAACGGCAGGGAUGCAAAAUGUUGACAGGGAAAGCGAGUUGGGAAUAAUUAUGGAUAAGAGUUGGCACAAUGAUUUCAUCUGCAUUUACUACUCCAUGUUUCCUCUUAAUUUAAGUAACACUAAAUAUGACUAUCCCUACAGCACCCACAUGCCAGGUCAGCUUCACCUACCUUUGAUUCUUUUUCUUACAUAUAAAUAUUGGCCAGUAGCAUCAAUGGACAAUGAAUAAAUUUCUGUUCUUUUUCAUGAGGUACAAUUUAAAUUAAAAUGUUCAUUCAAUUGAUUCGGUUUUUAGUUGUCGUAAAAUCUUUAUAUAGCUAACAUAUUUAAAGUAUUUUUGAAUCUUUAUAUAACUUU